AUGGUACGGGUGAACAUGCUGGGUGCGGUGCGCGCGGCGCGCGCCGCACUGCCGGCGCUCACUGAGAGCGGCGGUCGCCUUCUGGUGGUGAGCAGCACGUGCGCCAUGAUACCCUGCCAGGAGGUGGCCGUGUACGCCGCCACCAAAGCCGCCGGGAUGGCGCUGGUCGCCGGGAUGCGGCUUGAGGUGCGACGCCGCGGUGUUCACGUGGCCCUCAUCACGCCCGGCGACAUGGCUGCUCACACCAACAUCCUGGCGCGGCAGGCGUGCGACGUCGACGAGAUGUGGCGCGCUAUGAGCGCCGCCACGCGCCGCGCCGACGCCGCGCCGUUCGCGACGUUCAGCGCGCAAUUCGAGGGCCACUACACGGCCCUGGAGGCGGGCACGCUUCUCUGGCUGGCGCUGGCCUGGCUGCUGCCGGCCGCGCUGCGUGAGCGACUCGUGCUGGCCCGCGUCCACUACGCGCUGCACCGCCUGGAUGCUGACUGGCUGGACCUCAACAACAUCAUCUAG